GGCUGCAUUAUUAGCCUUGGCCCUCCAACCACGCUGGCGACAUGAAGCCACUCGGAUGACGAGAUGUAACCUGCCAAGGCCCGGGCUGAAGACACUCGGCUCUAGGAGCUUCCACCAGCCACCGGUAGAGAACAGCAAAACAAAUUGACGCUUUCCUUGCGGUUCAAAUUAGCAUCAACAUUGUCUUCUAGACUACUGUACUACCCACUACACGCACUCGUUGCUAUUAAGUUAUCGCGGUUUGUUUAUACUCAAGAAGCUUUCAGACCCUAUGGCAGGGACCGCAGUUGGGAUUUCGGGGCUCUGGUAUGACCGGUCUAGGCCAGCAGUUCUCGGCGCCACACUCACGCUGCCGGUGGAUCAGGCAUACUACCUCCUCACCUCCCUUACGUUGCUAAUCACAAUAGCUGGGGCGAGCUUCUGGAACCUCACAGCGCUGCUCCUCCAUCGACUGCUGGCGGCAAAUCAAAAUGCCGACGUACUGGAUCUAGAGCACCGGGUAGCCGUGUUGAAUCUAGGCACUUCGGCAAAGGUUUUCCUGUCCGCCAUCAAACUAUAUCACGCAUGGUUGAGGAAAGGUGUGCGCAAUCUAGAGGCCCGUACGCUGCUGGUGCUGGUACCCGCGGGACUUGUCUGGAGCACAUUUGUUAUCGCUUCCAUUCUGGCAUCUCGUGUCGCCAUAACCGAUAGCAAUGGGGAUGUAAUAUCUCCAAUUCGGCCACAUCGCUGUGGCUUCUUCUCCUUCGAUGUGCCCGAGAACGAAACCGACCCCUUCGGCAUGAUGCGCAAGAUCCCCAAUGACACGAUUCAGGCCAGAAACUACGCCAGCUCCUUCUACAACAGGGCGUCUACCUCGCGUCCGACCCUCUCUCGGUUCAAGUCCAUCACACUUUCAAUGGAUAUAGACACAGCGGCCCAGUGUCCCUUUCGAAAUCCCGAUCGAUGUCGACUCGGACCCAAUGGUGCCAUGGCGAUGCGAACUGGCCUGCUCAAUUCCCAUGAGGCCUUUGGGAUUAACUCGCACCUGGCUGACCAAGUCGCCUUCCAGUACGAGGCAACCUGUUCCCCUGUCCAGCCACUGGACGGGGAGGUUAGAAGGCAUGUAAGGCCGGGCUUAGCUGGUGAUAUUAACCGCAACGUUACUCGUGCCUACUUUGGACCUUACGGGGAUGAGGAUUUUACUUACGAGUUCUACGAUGAAACGAUCAACACACAAGCAGGCUAUAUUGUAGAGUCUUAUUACGCCAGAACCAACGACUGGAAUCCACCCACUUGGGUUCCUAUUCCAGACUUCAACCGGACCGACGCCGACGUGACCAUGUUCUUCCUGAGUCAGAACAAGAUCGGCUACAUAGAGCCCACCUUUGACCCCUGGUUCUGGGCCAACGGCUCGGACUGGCGGAAGAUCAACAGUCUCAAUCUGACAUUGGCCAACAGAUUCUUUUCAACCAUGGCCUGCACGGAGCAAUUCAGGCUCUGUAACCCCGCCAAGGAAACCCCCGACGCUUGUCUGCCCUGGACCGGACUGGUGCCUCUGCAGAGCGCCUUGGUGGAGAACGACCCGGUCACCGGGGGGCUAUUCAAUGUUCCCCAGAUGCUGAUCGCCCAGCGAAUCCUGACGCACAUGACCCGCUCGACCCUGCACUACAGCGUGGUCACGCUCCGGGGCGCCGCGCUCUGGGCCAACGACCUCGUCUACGGAAACCUUUCCCCGGGCUUGCCUGACAACCAGUGGCAGAUGGAGGCGCUGGGCUGGUUCCAAACUAGCCUCGCGAAGCUCCAGUCGUACAUUGUCCAGUUUGCCGCAAACUCGGACGAUCUUGGACCGUAUGGCCGUGUCCGAACCCCACUGGACAUGCUGGGGACGAAUAGUAAUGGGGAGCACGACGAGGCAAGCAAUGCCGUCUACCAUAUGAUGCAGGACCAAUGCAGCAACCAGCUUGUUCGACCUACCGGGGAGAUGCAGAAUUUCAGCUUUCUUGGGGUCAUGGUGAUUGUGCUUUUCAGUUGUACCGUUAUUGUUCUGGAUUUGGCCGGCGGAGUGAUCCUGGAGUGGCUGAGAAGGCUAUUGAGGAGGCCAUCUGCCCUUGCGGCUGCGAGACAGGCCGACAAUAUCUUCCAUCUCGUGAGACUGGCUCUGCGUGCACACCUCCCGCACGGCGAACGUUGGGUGCUUGGGCAGUGGGAGGUACCUGUUUGGGACGGCGACCUUUCGAUUCCUCGGCCAUAUAUCGAGGAAAAUGGAGGCCUUGCCCUCUACCCUGAUCCGAGCAGGGUUGAAAACCAUGUUCCGAAGGGGCAUUGGAGGGUGGGAGAGGCUAUGCGAGUUGAAGAGGCGGAGGUGGAUAGUCUUGAAAUGCAGGAUACGACCGAAAUAGUGGCCUAGAAAAGGGUACUUGUCGGAGGGGACGGAUUGGAGGAAAGUCUAGGUAGAGGUUUAACGUUGUGAAUUGACAGGGGUUCUGAGGAAAGGAAGAGAAGGAGAGCAACAAAUUCCAGGGCCAACGUUGAACGUUCAGGCUAGAAUACCACUGGAUGGCUGAGGUAAGCACGGC